GUCGGCGAAUUAUCCAUAUAAUAGUGUUCAUGCUAAGAUAGUUUUGUAUUUCCGACGUUUCCUUGUGUUGCGAUAUCAUACGAUAUCACGGUGUCAGAGCUGGAAUGCUUGCGCUGUAAGACUGGCUGAAUAGUAUCUAGCCAAUUUUGGAUUUUUAAACUUCUGUCUGACGCAACAUUUGACUAUAUAGUGACUAGUACCAGAAGAGGAAAUAUGGGAUAUAAAGGUUGUGCACCCUACGUUAAAGAAAUGUCUUAAUGUGCUUCAAACACAGGGUCGAAUCAACUCACUCGCAGAAAUUGAGGUCUCACAACAUAGUUUCAAACAUUCCUCUGAGUCAAGUUAAUAAUCAGCUCCGAGAGACGGACCCUUUCACUUCUUGAUCCGAUUCUUCUUGAGUACCAGAAUAUCAACAUCGACGACACCUUAAAAAGAAAGAGGUUCCAACAAAGCUCGAAACAAUUUUCUAACAAGGGCUUCGUGCUUGAAACUUUAACGUUCAAAGAGUAUUGAAUCACUCGAGAUCAGGAUCCGAAUAUCUCUCUAGAAGGGUGGUAGGCAAUUUCGGCCUUGGGUCAGAUCGCACUAUGACAGACACGACGACUAGCACUCUCUCACAAGCUUCCGGAAAAGCUGAUCAAGAUUCGGAUAUGGAACUUCGUAAUCACUUCAUGGCCGAUGUUGAACUAGCAGCUGCCGACGAUGAACAUUUGAAAAAUACUACUGUUCGGAACCUUAUCUGGAAAAAUGUCACCGUUACCGUGAAGGACUACAAGACGAAAGAACCAAAAGCGAUUCUAGAUGACCUUAGUGGUGUAGUCGAAGCUGGUCAGUAGUAUUAUUAUUGCAGAGGCUUGGCCCAAACUAGGAGUAGAAUACUAAUGAAUCCGUAGGAGAAAUAUGUGCUUUGAUGGGACCUAGUGGUUGUGGGAAAACUACAUUGUUGAAUGUUCUGGCCCAUAGAAUUGCAGCUGCGAAAGCGACUGUAACAGGAGAAACUCUGGUCAAUGGAUCAAGUCCGUCGAUGAAAGCCUUCCGUGAUAUGAGUUCAUAUGUUGAACAAGAGGAUGCCCUUAUAGGCUCUUUGACCGUGCAAGAAACACUGAAUUUUGCGGCUCGUCUUGCUCAUAAGAGGUACGAUUGCUAAGCUCCGUACUAUACCAUUAAAAGCUGAUUUAUUUCUAGUUCAUUGACAAAAACUGAGCGAAUGAGGCGGAUCAGGGGCUUGCUAGAAUCAUUCGGUCUCCGUAAUCAGGCGCAUACUAUUAUUGGGACUCCAAUCCAGAAAGGUAUCAGUGGUGGUCAGAAACGACGAGUGAGCGUUGCAAGUCAGCUCAUCACUGGACCUAAACUUCUCUUCUUGGAUGAACCCACUUCCGGUCUGGAUUCCGCAGCAAGCUGGGAAGUUAUGUCUUUCGUGAAAGAGGUUGCGAAACGAAACAAUGUUAGUAGCCACCUUUAUUUUGCAGGUAUGAUGUUAACAAAAUUUUCUAGCUGAUUGUCAUAGCAAGCAUACACCAACCUUCCACAUCCACCUUUCAUCUGUUUGAUAAGUUAAUGUUGUUGUCCGGUGGAAAAUCUUAUUAUUUUGGCCCCGUGUCAGAAGUCAAUUCGCAUUUCGAAUCCAUAGGAUACACAAUCCCACUUCACAUGAACGCUUCAGAAUACCUUCUCGAUCUUUUGAACACUGAUUUCUCAGCAAACCAGACAGAAGCGCAAACAAGACUAUUAAAAAUCCUGGAAUCCUGGCUGGCUUCCCCCGCGUUUCGACAAAUGCACGGCAGGAUUCAGCAUACAUUGCAGAAUGUCAAACCUCUACCAGUGGCUCAUUCUUCAGACGGUGGCUUUUUCAAUGUAUUGAUGACAUUGGUGCAUAGAGCAUUUAUCAAAAGUUAUCGCGAUGUGGUCGCAUAUGGCAUUCGUAUUGCGAUGUAUAUGGGGCUUGCUAUCAUGAUGGGUACAGUUUGGUUGCGUCUCAAGACAGAUCAAAGUGAUAUUCAACCUUAUAUCAAUGCUAUUGUAAGUACAUCUGCCUAGGCAAAUUACUUGGUAUAACUAACGUAUUUUAGUUCUUCGGCUCUGCAUUCAUGUCUUUUAUGGCUGUCGCUUAUGUUCCCUCAUUCCUUGAGGAUCGUUCUACAUUCAUCAAGGAACGAGCAAAUGGUCUCUAUGGACCUGCAGCAUUCAUGCUGUCAAACUUCAUCAUAGGCUUGCCAUAUCUAUGUAAGUGACUCGCCGAAGUUUGCCCCACAAACCCAACUAACAUUAUAUCUAGUCCUCAUUACCUUCCUCUUCUCAGUAACGACCUAUUUUCUCAGCAAUUUCCGACCCACUGGCACAGCUUUCUUCACCUGGAUAAUGUGGCUUUUCCUCGAUCUCCUCGCUGCCGAAUCGCUUGUAGUUCUUAUAUCUUCCCUCUUCCCCUCCUUCGUGAUAUCUCUUGCUCUUACUGCUUUUGCAAAUGGACUUUGGAUGAGCGUGGGUGGCUUUUUGGUACCUCCACAUAUUCUCAACGUGUUUUGGAGAUACGUUUUUCAUUAUAUUGAUUAUCAGGUAUGUUUAUCCACAUUUUCUCAUCCACGUCAAUGCUGUACCACUCGUGGUUCUUGAGAUGAGAGCAAUGCUAAUGCAUUCAAAUAGACAUAUGUAUUUCAAGGAAUGAUGGUGAACGAAUUUUCAGAACGAGAUUACUCCUGUGGAAGCUCUUGCCACUGCAUGUACAUCACCGAUCUCGCACCGCAAUGCAAAAUUAGCGGAAAAGGAGUUUUGGAUCAAUAGUACGUCUUUUUCCCUAUCAUCACGUCCUAGAUCUCACUAACGAUACACAGUGGAUACAAGACCGGCAAGACGGGUGAAUGGGUAGGCAUUCUUAUUGCGAUUAUUGUAGUAUACAGAAUUCUAGGCUUGGGUGCUAUGUAUUUUAGACGGUAAAAUUGUUGUUUGGGGAAGGGAAAAGAAUUCUUUGUUUGGAGGCGUCUAGUGGCUUAAAGUUUCUUAUUUGGGAAUGAAGUACUAUAAUGCGGCAGGCACGGAAGACGGCAGGCUUGGAAAGUGUGGUGAUCGGUCGUGGUGCUUACACAGUGUUGUACAUACAUAGGUACCAGGAUUGUUUAUAUUUGUAUCCUUACUCGAGUCCGGAACUCGAGGGCAAAAUAUUCGUGGGUUUGGUGUUUUGUAUUUAUUUUCAGGAGUCUUGGGAGGACGCUCUCAGCUCUGUAUAUC